AUGUUCGCGACCAUAAGAGGCGAAUGGGUGCGGCACGAGAACGAAUCGACACUGCAAUACGUAGGUCGUGAUCUUCACGACCAUGUAGCCGUGCCGGCUUCCCCAAGACCUGUCUACACCUUGCACGAACAUUGGAUUUUCGAGCAGCUCAAAGAUAGUGUACAUCCUCGUGGACGCCUCAGGAGAACGAACGUCAAGAGCAUUGGGGCGGCACACAGCUGGGACACAUUCAUUGACCUUGACAAGCUUGAUCUGCCCUGCGAAGACAAAAGGUCUCUCGGAUCAAUAUGGACGUUACCGUCCGUUUGUACGCGGGCUAUCGUGCAGCUUUACACCGGCGCCGACGACUUACACGAGCUGUGGGAAGUCGAUGUUGUGAAAUACAACCACUUUUACCCUCGUGGAUUCUGCCUGCCCGCUGGUCGUAGUGAGGUGGCCUGGCUAGACGCCGACACAAUACUUGUCAUGUCAACAGUCGGCGGAUCUAGACACCAGACUGCUAGUGGCCUACCACGGACAGUACGACGCUGGAAACGGGGUAGUCCAAUCGACAAUGCCCAGAUCAUCUUUCAAGUCCAUGAGACUCAUCUCGCAGCAAGAGCAUGGUGUGACUUGAGUGUGCCGAACGAAGAGCUUGUCUUCUUUACCGACGUCGCCAGAGCUUGCACCAGUCAAAGCUAUGUUGGCACACGCACAGGUUGUGGCGAACGAUUACCUAUCCCAAACAAAGCUACCUGGAUACAUUGGAAUACCUACAUUGCGUGCUUCCUUUCGGAAGAUUGGGUAGUCAACGGAAGUACGUUCAAGGCUGGCACCGUUGUGGGAUUUUGUCUCCGACAAACACCGCUUCACAUUGCGUCGCUCGUCGUACUUUGCCCAGGCCAUGGUUUGCGCACGUCACUGUUCGGCAAAAGCGGUCUCCGACUCCUCUUUACUCGAAACUUCCAAAACUUUGUCCGCACCUUUUACCCUAAUGAUGAGGGUGACUGGACAGAAGCUGAAGGGCAGAUGCUAUUCGACUGCCCAGCAAUGUCGAUAUCUGAAGUCUUGGACCUUGGAGGCGGCUGUGACGACGCUCAGCUCCUAUUGGCAAUUCAAGGGCCUCUGCUGCCGAAGACGCUGUAUCUCGCCGGCCGGUCCGGAAUUACAUGGGUGGAGGGCAGUAGUUGUGACUUUGAUACAAGCCGCUUUGGGGCGGUGGUCCACACAACUUUCGCCCUUAAUGGUCUCCCUAUAAGAUAUCUCGAGGUCGGACCGGAUCGAGCGCCGACAGGUGAGGCUCCGGUAUGCAUCAUUGCAUGCGGUCUGGCCACUGCUGGGCCAGAGUAUAACGCGGCCCUAGCAGAGCACUGGCUGCGACCAGGAGCCUACCUUGUGUUCGUGAACAACGGCUGUUGCGAAGAAGGCGAAUACCGAGAGCGUUCCGCACCUGUUGGAGAUCUCCACGCAGUUGCUGUGGACCUCGUCAAGCGUGGUCUAACUCUGUCGGCGCAUACGGUCGUCAUGGGAGCUCGUAGGAAUGGUGCGACGGUAGCCACUAUGUGUAGAACAUCACAAGUGUUCUUUGGUGCCUUUUGUUCAUACGAACCUGACUGGUAUGACGCCAGAUGGCCCAGUGGAGCUCUAGAUCCGCGCACAGCUAGUGACGAGGAGGGCACCUCACCUCUGUUAAUCCUGUGCGGCGAUGGCAGAGGUCCUAACGGCAUCGACAGACAUGAGCUUCACGCACGGAUUGUGGACAAGCUCCGAAUGUGCGGGUACGACGCCAAAUACUUUGGCUGCCAUAAGGACGGCUCGAUGAGCAGUUCGAAGCAAUGGCAAAUCAUUGUGGGUUUCAUGCGUAAGGCAGUGGAAUGGGCACCUGAGAACAACGUGCCUCACAACGUCGUGGCUUCUACUAGCGAGACCUCUAUCGCGUCAGAAACAGUGUGA